CGGGAAAAUCCUUCAGUCAAUCGCGACCCGUUGCUCAUGUCUGAUGUUGCAAAAAGGAAAAUUUGUACCGGAAACUCGUACUCUUUCCCGGCCUGCUCUCCGUUUGGUUCUAUGCCACUUUGUUGUGUCUCCUUUGACCGAUUGUUCACCUCUUCACCGGAGAUCUGCUGAUGAAUUCUGACUCAAUUGUGUGCGAAAAUCUGAUCCCCUACGAAUGAAAUCGGUAAUUUGAGCAGAAGCCGGAAGGAAGUAACGCGGUCGGUUGUGCGAUUUCGAUUCGCGAGUGGUUCGAAAAAGGACGAAACCAAACGACAACACGAGAGUCCUUUUCCUGUGAAACAUAACGCACCUCGGUUUUGGGGCACCCCUUUUUCGACAACAAGCCAAGGGUGUGGGGGACACUCUGUGCAAUGCGGAUCAAUUAGCAUCCAAAGUAUCCUUUGGCGACCGGCGAAUUUGAUUGCGUGUUCUGCGAAGUGUGUGUGUUUUCGUGAAAUUCCGAGAGGCUAAUUUACGUUAAAGCAACAAACAACACGUAAAAAUUUGUUUCUGAGAAGAAGAUAGAAGUGAACAGAAGCAUUGUUGGAUUCGAAUCCUUUCAGGACGACACAAUGCUAAAGUGACUUCCCCUUUGAGCAAAUGAAGUGAUUUCCAGUUUGACAAAACGACCCAUCCUGUAUCGGUUCCAAAUCAGCGGAAAUAAGCCGAGUUAAAAACCAACCAGCUAGCCGGGUUCUGAUGAUAGCGAACAGCUCCACUAUCGGUCCUCCACUAUUCCGUCCCGCCGAAGCGGUGGACGACGAGUAUGUGUCACUACACGUGUUGUUAAUUUAAUUUACUCCCAGGCCGUCACCGUCGUCAUCAUCGUCAUCGGUUGACCCUCGCGAGACCCGUCACUAAAAAGAACUACGAGUUAAGCGAAGAUAAAUAACGAAUAAUUAACGACGAGUCAUUGCAAGAUUAUGCAACAGCGCCGUAGGUCAUCGGCGGUGCGACAUCGGGGCGGACAGACUCCGGACUUUCAGUGUUAAGCCGGCAUCGGCCUCCGCUUAUCAUCACGACUUCGCCGAUGAGCGUCCAGGGAAAUAGGGCCAACAAGGGACCUCUACGGUUGUGGCGAACGCGCAACUGAAGAAGUGUAGACCAACGGGAGAGAGCCCCCGUGAGUGAAGAAGUUCCACGUGAAGUGGAUCAGCGGUGUCUACCGUCGACCAAUCAAUUCGCGGUUCGCGUGAGUGGACCUGAGUCUCAGACUGCUGAGAGUGAGCGCGCGCGAGAGAAGAGGCCUCCGUCAGCAGUUGGCGCGGUGGAGCCGACUUCGAGCUGCCCGUUGAUGUUUGAGAUUAAUUUAUUUGGCUUUUAGUUGCCUUUCGGUCUCGGAGGCGGCGUGACGAUCAGCGAUCGUAUUCGAUUCAUAGCUUGUGAUUUUGCUUCGAGGCGCGUGAGUUUGUGACGACCGAUUUCCUUUUGAAGUUUUCGUUCCGUUUCAUCGUCGGUUUUGUUUAUAUCCCCGGUCAGUCGUUCGUCAAGGCAGAGGAAUUCCGCGGGCACUGCGAGAGAGUGCCAAAAGUUUUGCACGUCUAUGCCACCUGUUGUGGGGUUUUUGGCAGUGAUUUUAUCUUGUGAUUUGGUCCUUGUAUGCAUGAUUGAUAGUGAUAUCGUGUGAGAAGAAGCAUAGCUAAACGAAGAAGCAAUUGGAAUAUUAAAAAGUGUGAUUAACAAGUGUAGUAAGUUUAGAAAGCGAAGAUGCAGCACCAUCCUGGUUCCUGGUAUAUACCGUGGGGUGUCCCGGGGAUGGGCCUCCAGAAAAUGAUGGCUGUUCCGUUCAAUCCGGCUACGGCCGGUUUCCAUCAGCCUCAGAUUGCGGCAGCAGCGGUUCAGCCGCCGCCACAGGUUCAGACCGCCGGUCAACAGCAAGCCAGCCAACAGGCUGCGUCUUAUCACCAUCAGCACCAGCUACACCAGCACCAUCCGGCAGCGGCCCUUCAUAAUCCGGCUGCGGCCGUUGCAGCCGCUGCUGCCAUGCAGCAUCAGGCCCUACACCCAGCGGCCGCUGCCGCUAUGUUCACCCCGUUAAAUCUACGUAGCUUCAUGGCCCACCAUCCGGCGGCUCAUCUGAACCUCGGACAGCAGCCGAUUGCGACCGCCCAGCAGCCACAGCACACCCAGUCGGCAAUCCCCGGCACGCCCCAGACCCAGACCCAGCAGCUGACCGCGCUCGGUUUGAAUGGGGCCAUUGGGGCCAUGGUUCCGAUGCGGCAACAGCAACCGGCUCCACAGCAGCCGGGAAUGCCGCCACAGUCGCAGAAGACGGCCACCAACGUGGUGUCCACCAGUACGCUCAUCAUGCCAAUGAGAAAGAUCAUCAUGUCCGAGAAGGACAAAACCAAGUUGGCCUCCACCGAGAAGCGGAAAGCCGACGAAAGCGAACCCGUUAAGGAUCUCAAAAAGGCAAAGCUGGAAACCAAAGCACUGAAAGCCAAACGGCCGGGCUUUACGGACGAGCGGUACCACGAGACGUCCUACUACAUCGAAAAUGGCCUUCGGAAGGUGUACCCGUACUACUUCACCUUCACCACGUUCACCAAGGGCCGCUGGGUGGGCGAGAAGAUCCUGGAUGUGUUCGCCCGCGAGUUCCGUGCCCAUCCGGCCGAAGAGUACGAGCGGUGCAUCAAAGCCGGCACCCUAACGGUCAACUACGAAAAAGUGCCAACAGACUAUAGGUUAAAGCAUAACGAUCUCCUGGCGAACAUCGUGCACAGACAUGAAGUUCCAGUUACUAGUCAACCAAUCACAAUAGUGCACAUGGACGACGAUAUUGUGGUUGUGAACAAACCGGCAUCUAUACCAGUCCAUCCAUGUGGCCGCUAUCGUCACAAUACGGUCGUGUUCAUCCUGGCCAAGGAGUACAACCUGAAGAAUCUGCGGACGAUCCAUCGGCUGGACCGGUUGACUUCGGGCCUGCUGCUGUUCGGGCGGAGCCCGAAGAAAGCCCGCCAGAUGGAGCACCAGAUUCGGAAUAGACAGGUGCAGAAAGAGUACAUCUGCCGGGUGGAGGGCGAAUUUCCUGAUGGCAUCAUCGAGUGCAAGGAACCGAUCGAGGUCGUCAGCUACAAAAUCGGUGUCUGCAAGGUUUCACCAAAGGGCAAAGAGUGCACCACCACCUUCCAGAAGCUGGGCUACAACGGAACCAGCAGCGUCGUCCUGUGCAAGCCCCUAACCGGCCGAAUGCAUCAGAUUCGAGUGCAUCUGCAAUAUCUUGGUUAUCCCGUGGUAAACGAUCCCCUGUACAACCACGAGGUGUUCGGACCUGCCAAGGGACGAGGCGGUGACAUCGGCGGCAAAAGCGACGAACAGCUGGUGAAGGAUCUUAUCAACAUCCACAAUGCGGAAAAUUGGCUUGGAAUCGACGGCGACUCGGAACUGUCCAUGUUCAAACCGAUGAAGAACGACUUGGAGGACAGCAAGGGACCAAUUUUAAGUGACGACGACUCGGAAAGCGUAUCCCGCGAAGCUUCACCCUGCUCGGAAAGCCCCCGGCCGGUAUCGCUGGGCAGAGAAAGCCCCAACGAGAACAUGUGUGCCUCGAUCCUGACGCCCAACACGUUGAACGUCGUCGGCAGUGCCAACACGGGCAGCAGCAACAGCAGUUCCACCGCACUCAACACCCGACUACAGUCGCAGAAGGUCACUGUGGCCACGCAAACUGGCCACGAAUCGCCCGAUUUGGCGUUCAACCCGGACAAGAUGACCACGGACAAGCACUGCUAUGAGUGCAAGGUGCGCUACCGGGACCCGAAGCCACAGGAUUUGGUCAUGUACUUGCACGCAUGGAAGUACAAGGGACCCGGCUGGGAAUACGAAACCGAGCUACCCGAGUGGGCCCGUGUCGACUGGCACGACGCCGAUUUCGAAUGAAUGGCGUUAGCCAACGGAGCCUUGCUACUAUCGCUGGACGACUACGGAGACAUCCACUGAAUUCACAUACAAAAAAAAAAAACCUUCGUAGAAGUAUGACCAAACCACGCAAACCAACCACACCGGUAGCGAAGGCGUCCGUGUCGUAUGUGUAAAAAGUACAUAGACGAAAAUCGGAGUAAAUUAAAUGGAUUAAAUCUAAGACAGAGAAAACACUUAAGGAGUAAGCAAGCAACUGUGACCAAAACCCGAGUGUGAUUUGGACCUGUGUUCCCAGGCAAGUGAUCACAACUUAGUAGAAAUGAACACCACAAUGAAGAAAAAAGACAGUGGCAACCGGAAAAUCCUAAACAUUAACAAGGGGGUGGGAGAUCAAACUGUGGUGAGUGACCCCACAAGCCACGGGGCUCUGGUAGUCGCAGUCACCACGAUGAGAACGGAUUUAUCAAAGCGGAUUCAAAAAAGGAAGGAGGCGAUGUUCUUAGGACAUCGAGAAGAAAGCAUAACAUUAAGUUUUAGUGUAUUUAGAGGCAGGCAGAUAGAAGACGUUUAUAAUGACAUAAGGACAUACACGAAGAGCGAGAACUGGAAGCAACAAGCGAGACGCAUGCUGGGAAAUCAUCUUUCUAUGUUGUAGGGAGAGGGAGAGAGUAGUAUAGCAUAGUAGGGAAUGCUACGCAUAGGAAGCGGAAAGAUGUUUUCUCUGUGCAGACUUCGCUUAACCGAUGUUUUCCUGUUAUUUUGUUUAAUUCUAGAGCUAAGAGAGGUCUGAUACCGACGCACAUCCCCAGCGCUCUAAAGACUCCCUGCGUAUAACAUAAGCUGUAAUAGGCGCGACCGAGGAAUGAGGAAAAUCAGCAGAAAUUAGGCUAAUUUUUUGUUCAUUGCUUUGGGGGCGUAAAAGGAAUUUUUUUUAAUACUUCAGUCGUCGCGCUGUUGUAUUUUGUACAACACUGUUGAGAAAAUUUCGCUUUUCGUUCACAACAGCAGUGUGGUGGUUCUGAUGGUGGCGAACCGCGCGACGACUGAAAGGUUAAAUAUCAUUCUGGAUUAACUAAUAGAACUUCGGGUGUUUUUUUUUUUGUUAGGUAAUCCAAGUAAGCCAUCAUUAGCAUAAAGGCCAUCUCAUCAGAUUGCGUUAUCUAUGCCUGCUUAGAUUUCGACCACGUGGAAAUCAACGUAGUCGCAAAUCAAAGCUCUCCAUCGCUUAGUCGAGUAGUCUUCCCACCAACAAAUUUAAUCCAAAAACUUUUCCAAUGUACGUGAGAGUGUUAGUUCUCUCGGGUACAAAGACAAUUUUCCGCGAUGCAAUACGAUGGCGACGUAUCCAUAAGGUGGAGACAAUUAUUAGGUUGGUAAUGCAU